AUGUCGGUGAGUGAUAAGAAGUUUAAUAAGAUGAUGACACACUAUAAGAUGCUUGAAACCCAAAUCACUCAACUAGCAAACACUUUGAAAGAUUGUGAUAGCCCCUCUUCAUUACCUUCUCAAGGAGUUAAUCCUAAGAAACCCGUUUAUUCUAUCACCACAAGGAGUGGAAAAGUGUUUGAAAAGAGAGUUUCUAGGAUUAGUGAGGAGGAUGAGAAUAACAGUGAUUCAAGUGACGAAAAAGAGAAAGAUGUGUCAAAGAGUGUGAGAAAAGAGGAAGUCCAUGAGAAAAAGAAGAGUGUUGAGAGAGUGCAAGAGGAAGAGGUCCAUCUUUCUAUCCUUCUCACCGAAGCUAUGACCCAAAUGCCCAGAUAUUCAAAAUUCCUUAAGGAUAUCUUGAGAGUCAAGAGAGAGUGCAAUGAGAUAGAUUCAGUAGAGCUUGGUGAGUGUUGUAGUGCCUUGAUUCACAAUGACCUACCAAAGAAGAUGAAAGAUCCGGGUAAUUUCUCCUUUCCUUGCAAAAUCAAGAGUAAGUUGUUUGAAAAUGCAUUGUGUGACUUAGGUGCCAGUGUUAGCAUUAUGCCUUACUCGUUGUUUAAGAAUCUUAAGCUAGAAGAACUUCUUCCUACGAACAUGACCUUGCAAUUGGCUGAUAGAUCCAUUAAGUUCCCAAAAGGAAGAGUUGAGGAUGUUCCCCUUAAGAUAGGUGGUUUCACAAUUCCCAUAGAUUUUAUUGUGCUAGAAAUUGAAGAGGAUGACCACAUUCCUAUUAUUCUAGGGAGACCAUUCCUAACUACCUCAAGAGCUUUAAUAGAUGUUAAGGGAGGCCGUACCACUUUCAGAGUUGGUAAUGAAAAAGAAAGUUUUAAGUUAAAACCAAUGCAUGAAUCCUUGUCUUUUGUGAAAGGAACCAUGAAUAAUAAUUCCCUUCGUUCAUUGGAUACUGUGUGUGUGAUUAAUUCAUCAACUAAUGGUGUUCAUGAGAUUUUUGAUGAUGUGCUUGUGAGGUUGGAUUGCAUGAAAGUUAGUGAAGAGAAAAAGGAGCUUCCAAAGGCUAUGGACGAAGAGGUAAUUGACAUUCCGCAUUGGUUUGAGCUUUGUCCUCAAGAGGAGGAUGAUGGUUCCAAGGAAGUUGAUGGUGUUAAACCGUCUACAAGAAGGAACAAGGCCAAGAAGAAGUCAAGGGCUUCUAGGAAGAAGCGAAUGAGAUUGAAGUUGAAGCAUGAGAAAGUUAUUUUUGAAGUUCAAGAAAAUGAAGUUUCAUCAAGCAACAAUGAGGAGUUGCUAAAAAUUGAAGAGAAUUUGUACCUUUCGCCACUUUGA